CCAUUGUGGGGUUUCAACCAUUCUUUCACCUUAUUGGCCAUUUACUUCCUAGACAUCUUCCUCAAUCUUUGCAUCGUAACUCCUUUCGUGUCCUUCUCAAUAUCCAAAGUGGCGACCACAGAGGUUAAUCAGGAGCCUGCUCCAGUCGCCCCGGCCGUUGAGCCUGAGGCGCCUGUGGAAUCAGUAGAGCCUGCUCCAGCUCCAGCUCCAGCAGCAGAGCCAGAGGCUCCACCCGAAACCAUGGCGGAGCCAACCCCUGAUAGUAAGCCUGGCGCAGAGAAGCCGAAGGCGACCGGCAAGGCAAAGGUAGCAGCCGUUAAAUCUCCGAAACCGAAAGCCGCGAAGGCUGUCAAGGCGGCGAAACCUGCAGGAGCGAAGGCCAAGCCGAAGAGUUAUGACCACCCGAAGUACAGUGAGAUGGUGAGCGACGCUAUCACGACGUUGAAGGAGAGAAACGGCUCCAGCCUCCACGCCAUCACCAAGCAUAUCGAACAGAAUCACCCGAGCCUUCCCGACAACUGGAAGAAGACUCUUAGCGUCCAGCUGAGAAAUCUUACCAAAGCUGGCAAGCUGACGAAGGUCAAGGCGAGCUACAAGCUGGGCGGAGAAGCCAAGCAAGCGAAGCCAGCCGCGAAGAAGCCAGCUGCGUCAAAGGCGCCAGCGAAGCCCAAGGCUACCAAGGCUGCAGCGGUCACUGCCAAGCCCAAGGCGAAGUCAGUUGCCGCCAAGGUUCCUGCCAAGGCCUCUCCUGCCAAGGCUUCUCCUGCCAAGGCUUCAAAGGCAACCAAGCCAAAGCCAUUGAAGAAGACUGUUGCAAAGGCGAAGACCCCAGAGAAGAAGGCAUCAAAGGCUAAGGCACCAGAGAAGACUAAGGCCGUUGUUGAUGCUUCCUCAGCCACCAAGAAGCCAACUCCUGUGAAGAAACGUGCAGCCAAGAAGGCGAAGGCCACCAAGUAGCUUUUCUGUCCGCCUACAUUGUAGUGUGUAAUAUCUGAAUUACUAACCUGAGUUUUGCUGAAACAGACGCCCUCUCCUUCACAUGCAACAUUGAGGUCCCAC